AGUAGAUGUAACACAAAAUGUAAUGGCUGCAUGCUCCUUUAAUAUGAUGUUUACUUAUGUCUACGCUGGAUGGGAAGGAACAGCCAAUGACUCUCGAGUGCUUCUUGAUGCAAUUAGAAAAGACGAUAACUUUCCCAUGCCACCACCAGGUAAAUACUAUGUUGUUGAUUCUGGCUAUCCAAAUAUGCCUGGGUUUCUAGCACCAUAUCGUGGUGAACGUUAUCACUUGCGUCGCUUUAGAGGAAGAGGGAACCAUCCUAGAGGUGCGAUGGAGUUAUUCAAUUAUAGGCACUCAUCAUUGCGCAAUGUGAUUGAACGUUGUUUUGGACUUCUUAAAGCCAGGUUUCCCAUUUUGAAGUCAAUGCCUCCAUACUUGCUUGGAAAGCAACGUCGAAUACCAAUAGCAUGUUGCGCUAUCCACAACUAGAUCAAAAUGCAUUCUAUUAAUGAUAGAAUGUUUGAACAAUAUUCAGUUGAUGCUACACCUGUUGAAGAUAUUGAAGGAACUGAAAGCCAAUCUAAUACAACAAUAGAAAACCAACAAGAAGGAGAUGAAGCAGGAAUUUCUGAGGCACCACAGAUUAAUUUCAGUCAAGCUUAUA